GGCACGGCCGACUCAAAGGCGUCACAAAUUUUUUUUUUUCGGUUUUUUUUUGACCGUCUAUCCCGCUUGCAUUGGCAAAUGGCAGCAUCUCAAGCAGUGCAAGCCAAGCUUUCUUUUCUAUUCAAGGCUGCCAAUACACAAUUCGCCUCAUGUCCCGAACUCUCUAAUUUCUACCUGCACCAAUUCCAAAAGACCGCCGACCAUGCUAAUGUCACAUUAGCCGAUGCGGUUCAACGUCUGUGUUGUGCUCGUUGUGGGGCGUUGUUUGUGGCGGGAAUUAAUUGCAAAGUUAGAGUCAAUUCUAUCGACGCCUCAAAGAGGAGAAAGACCCCUGCCUCAAGGCGGUGUCGUAACCAUGUUCGAAUAACCUGUCAUGCUUGCCGUCAUCCCACUGUUAUGAAUGGCUCCACCACCACCAUACUAAAAGCAGUAGAACGUCCAGGAAAAGGUGCUCCGUUGGCCAGCCCGGUGGCGACGCCGCCUCCUGGCCCACCUGCAGGCAAAAAGAAACAAAAGAAGAAACUUGAUUUGCAGGCUAUGAUCAAUCAGAAGAAAGUGCCUACCCAAUCAUCCUUUGGGCUGGAUGACUUCUUAUCGUCCUUGUGAAGGAGCCGUCGUAGAGAGGAUGUAACUCACCCUUGUAUAGAGUUUGUGCGUGUUGACCACCGGAAUAGCCAGACAUGCCCAUAAAGCCUUCUUCAAUAAAAAGGUCAAAUUGUAAAAAAAAAAAAAAAGGUCGUAAACUGGGACAGAAGUCAUCUCACAGGAUGGAAUAAUAAAAUUGGUGAAAAAUGAAUGCACUGGUCAGUGUUGUUUGAUCUUGGGGAUAAUCGCUGUUACAUAAUGUAGACCUUAUGGGCUCUAUCAUGCUGUCGUCGAAGCAAAGAUCCCCAUGCCAAAGUCAUGAAAGGUCAAUGACAGCAGACUUUUCCCGAUUUUUAACGAAUCCCUUCAUCCAGACAACUCUC